AUGGGGUCAAAGUUUCAUGCUUUUAUGUGCCCAUCGUUUGGUUUUGGUCAUAUGAUUCCAUACCUUCAUCUAGCUAAUAAACUAGCUGAGAAAGGUCAUAGGGUUACUGUCUUGCUUCCCAAGAAAGCUCAGAAACAACUCGAACCUCUCAAUCUGUUCCCAAACAGCAUUGUCUACGACCCUGUUACUCUUCCUCAUGUCGAUGGUCUCCCUGUUGGCGCAGAGACAACCUCGGAUCUCUCAAACUCGCCUAAGAAUGUCCUAUACUAUGCCAUGGAUCUCUUACGCGAUGAGAUCGAAGAAAAGGUUCGUACUUCCAAACCAGACCUAAUCUUCUUCGAUUUUGCCGAUUGGAUUCCAGAAAUAGCAAAACAGUUUGGAGCCAAGAGUGUGAGUUACCAGAUCGUUUCCGCAGCUUUUGUAGCUAUGUUUCUUGCACCUGGUGCUGAAUUAGGGUUUCCUCCACCGGGUUAUCCUUCAUCGAAAGUUGUAUUACGUGGACAUGACGCUAACCUCUAUUCUCUCUUCGUGAAUACCCGCCAAUGGCUUUUUGAUCGGGUCACCACCGGCCUUAAGAACUGCGACAUCAUUUCCAUAAGGACAUGCGCAGAAAUUGAAGGUAAGCUAUGUAGUUUCAUUGAAGCACAAUGUCAGAAAAAAGUUCUAUUAACCGGUCCAAUGUUCCCUAAGCCGCAAGAAAAGAGUGUCAAAACACUAGAAGAUCGUUGGAAUCAUUGGCUGAACGGGUUUGAACCAGGCUCGGUAGUGUAUUGUUCGUUGGGAACCCAUUGCUUUAUCGAAAAACAUCAGUUUCAAGAACUGUGUUUAGGAAUGGAGCUAACGGGUUUACCGUUUUUAAUAAGAGCUAUGCCGCCGAUAGGCGCAUCAACGACACAAGAAGCAUUACCAGACGGUUUCGAAGAGCGGGUUAAAGGGCGUGGAAUAGUUUGGGGAGGAUGGGUAGAACAACCUUUGAUUUUGUCCCAUCCAUCAGUAGGUUGCUUUGUGAACCAAUGUGGGUUUGGUUCAAUGUGGGAGUCUUUGGUUAAUGAUUGUCAGAUUGUGUUUAUUCCACUAUUGGCUGAUCAAGCUCUCACCACGAGAUUGAUGACUGAGGAACUCCAAGUAUCUGUGAAGGUGCAAAGAGAAGAUUCUGGAUGGUUCUCCAAAGAGAGCUUGAGAGAUGCGGUUAAAUCUGUGAUUGAUAAAGAUAAUGAGAUUGGGAAUUUAGUGAGGAGGAAUCAUAAGAUGUUGAAAGAGACUUUGGUUGAUCCUGGAUUGUUGAAUGGUUAUGCUGAUAAGUUUGUUGAAGCAUUGGAGAAUGAACUCAACAACACAAAGUCGUCUUGA